AUGUCGACUUUGUGGACCAGCUCAUCCUCAGUCAUCGCACCGGCCUUCCAGAGCGUCCUCUCUGAGGAGCUCCUCCCUGGUCAAGCAGGUGACUCUGAUGUCCUCACCCAAGGCACCAAAAUCCAAGGGAUCAUGGAGGAGCUUGAGAAGAAAUACGCUUGUAUCUAUGAUGACCUCAAGCGCGGCCGUUAUGAUAUCACCAGCUGGGAUUCGAUUCGUAAUCUUCCCGUCGUCUACGACGGCUGCGAGCAAGUCGACACUAUCACCACUCUCAUGGUCCACCACGCUGUCCAGACGCUCGAUAGCGAGCCUUCCUUCUUUGUUCCCGGCAGCAGUGGCAAGAUUCGCCCUUGUAGCAACUCCUGUGGCUUCAUGUUUGUCGGACUUCACAAACACACUUACAUUCGCGGCGCUGUGGGUAAUGUAGUGCCCAUGCCGAACGAACCGCCCAAUGCAGAGGAGCACGCGGCCCUCAAUGUGGUCGCGUCAUACUGUCAGCGCCUUGGCUUUCUACCCGCAGAUCCCUCUCUGGAGCACGUGGAAGCUCUGCAGACGGAAGCUCUAAAGAAUCUUCGCAAGUCGGAGGCUGAGCUCUUCACAGGCCAGCUGAUCAUGGAGCGAGCUAUGCGCGAUGGGAGUCCCUCAUCCGCCCAACAGAGUCAGUUCAUCACCAUGUCCAGCGAUGUCCAAGGCCAAGCUCCCGUCACGAACCGCAGACAGAUGAACAAUGCUACUGCCAUGAGGGACCACGCGAUUAACAGCAUGAAGGCCGGCCUCAACAUCCUGAAAUGGAGAGCCAGCCUCAAAUGGAUGCCAGUCCAGACGCCAGACAGCAUGUCCAGAUCCACGGCGGCCGAGCCUAGUGAGGAUAUUAUUGCUGAUUCAGAAUCUGCCUCCGAGGAUGCCACUGAGCCCGUCAAGCCGGUCUUCAAGCGCGCUCGCGUCGUAACUCCCGACCCAGAUUCUCUCAAUGACGAAGCCGCCGAUGGACGUGUUCAGCACCGCACUCCGACUCCCGUCUCCAGCUCCUCAUCGUCUGACAGUGAAGCCUCCUCCUCCGACGAACAAAGCUCGCGCUCCCGCUACACGCUCAAGUCACGCGCCUAUCGAUCGCCGUACACGCCUCGCCGCAAGUACAUAUCCGCGCGACCCCAAGCCUCGUCUUCCUCCCCCGCCACGCCCGGCAGCAGCAGCAACAUGCCAACGAGCACCAGCGAAGUCCUCCGCGACGCACGCGGCCUGAUCACAGGCGCACGCGGCUUCCGCACCAUCGCUCCGCUGCCGCGCUUCGUGGCCAACGGCGAGGACCAGUCGGACAAGCUGGUGCUGCACUACUGGCAGGACGAUAAAGACGGCGUGCCGCGCUUCCACACGCAGCGCUACCAUCCCCGCGGCGCGCUCAAGGACGGCAUCGACUGGGCCGACGAGGCGCACAUGGUGACGCUCAACCGCUGGGCCAUGCAGCAGGUGCUGCGCAAGGGCGCGGCCCGCGCCCGCCCCAACAUACGCGAGCGCGAGUGGGUGCCCGAGGAGACGGCCUUCCUGCGCGAGCUGGCCGACAAGCACAAGGACGACGCCAAGGUCUUCCGCAAGGACUUGUUUGACCAGUUCAACGAGAAGUUCGCCGACAAGGACGUCGAGGUCACGGGCAGGGAUGGCGUCAAGAAGGUUAUGAAGAGGUUCCGCCGCACCAAUGAGGCGCUGACGUCCCAUGCGGAGAGGACGGGCGCGUUCGCGGCGCUGAAGGGCAAGUGGUGUAGGCGUGGUGCUGUCGCUGUGAAGGAGGAGUCUGCUUCGGCGGAGGACUCUGGUCAUGUCAGUGCGGCUGAGGGCGCUGGAGAUGUCACUGGCUCGGCUGACGAUGGCGACGACCUUAAGGAGGAAGACACUGAUGGCGAGAUGUAG